UCACACCUUCCAAUAUUAAGGAAAUGAUCUCACCUGUUCUUUUAUUCGUAAUUUUAUCAGCUGCAUCCGCAAGAAACAACAAAGAUGUAUCGUUUGAAAACUGGGAAGGUUACAGACCUGGUGACAGGAUCUUCUAUUUCCCUGGGGGAGAUGGUAAAAUACAUAAAAUAGAUACCUGGGAUCCAAUGGACAGAGAUGUUACCUCAUUUAUACCCCCAUCUGAACGAAGCAAGGAAAAUGUAAGGUGGGACAAUUGUGGAGGUCACAGGAAUGGUGAUAAUGUAGUACGGAAACGAAUUGAUAGACAUUUUGGAACAAACAACAUAAAUAUAAGGUUUCAACAUUGGAAGGGUUAUCACUAUCGUGACAGGAUCUUCUAUUUUCCCGGGGGCAAUGGUAAAAUAUACAAAAUCGAUUCCUGGGAACCAGUCGAUUAUUAUGCAAUACGCAACUACACUUGCUGGCCAACCAAUAACAAGUAUUGGUUGUACACGAGGAAGAAUCCAAAAGAAGAACAGGACCUAAUAAUGGGAAAUAAAGUGAGUGUGAAAAAUUCAAACUUCGACCCAAAGAAACCUACCGUCUUCACGGCUCACGGGUGGUUAAGUGACGGUCACACCGAAUUGAAUAAACUUCUUACUAAAGCAUUUCUUGAAGACGCUGACGUUAACGUCAUAGUCCUAGAUUGGAGUGGACUGUCCAAGCUGGGAUACAUCACAGCAAAGGAGUCAGUGCCGAAAGUAGGCCGAAUGUAUGGGGACUUCAUUUACUGGCUACAUCAGACCUUUUAUAUGUCCUUGCAAAAUAUCCAUCUAGUGGGUCAUAGUCUGGGUGCUCAUUUAGUUGGCAAUGCAGGGAGAGAGCUUAAAGGGGCGGCACAGAGAAUAACAGGCCUCGACCCAGCCGGUCCCCUAUGGUAUUUUGACAGGCGCCGUCUAUCGCAAAUAGAUGCACACUACGUUGAAGCCAUCCACACGAAUGCGUUCAUGGCUGGGUACCCCAAACCCUUAGGCCACUCCGAUCACUACCCCAAUGGAGGUUCUUUCAUGCCCGGCUGUUACUUUUUCGAUUUGGCUUGCCAUCAUUUUAGAUCCUACAAAUACAUGGCGGCCAGUAUUGAGCACAAUAAGUUUGUAGCUCGCCAAUGCUCUAAUAUAUGGCAGGCUUUUCGCAAUCGGUGUUCUGGGGCGGAAGGGCUGAUGGGUAACAGUUUUAUUCGGAAGAUACAAUCUGGAAAAUAUGGAAUAACAACACUUGCAGAUUAUCCUUACAUCGACAUCAAGUUUGAUCAUUCCGACUCUCUUUAUUAAAAUGACAAUGUUAGAGUUUAAA